CUUUCUCUCUUUCUCUCUCUCUUCUCCCUGCUGGAGGAUCCGGGAUGUGGCUCUUUGGAUUAAAGUCGUUGUUUGUGUUUCUGCUGCUGUUUCCGGCCACGCUGCUGUCCGGCGGCCGAGUUUACGCAGAAGCUGAAGCUGAAGUGAUAGAUGAAGUGACAGAUGCAGCGGUGGAGGAGGAGGAUGAAGAGGAAGAAGAGGUUCUGGUGGAAGAACCUCAGGCAGGAGAUGGGGUGAGAACAAUGGAUGGGGACAAUGCUGAUGAUUUAGAUGAAGAUUCCCAAAGUGCAGAUGUGACGUCUCACCCCGAUGCAGACACCACCAUCAUCUUCAUCACAGGAGAAGAAUUUCCAGCCAAUGAGAUCGUGAAGUUUCUGGUUGGUUUCACAAAUAAAGGCAGUCAGGAUUUUACAGUUCGCUCCCUCGAAGUCUCGUUCCGUUACCCACAGGAUUACCACUUCUACAUCCAAAACUUUACGGCUCUGCAGUUGGAUGCCAUGGUGCUGCCGGAGAAACAGGCAUCGUUCGAGUACUCGUUUAUUCCCGCACAGCCGAUGGCCGGUCGUCCAUUCAGUCUCGUCAUUCUCCUCAACUACCACGACUCUGAGGGGAAUGUUUUCCAGAGUGCCGUUUUUAACCAGACGGUGACAAUUACUGAACUGGACGAGGGUCUGGACGGAGAGACGAUGUUCAUGUACAUCUUCCUCGGUGGUUUGGUCUUCCUGAUGCUCUUUGGCAUGUAUCAGGUCCUGGAGUCUCGCACGAGGAAGCGAGUUCCAGUGAAGGUUGAGACCGGCACAGGGGGGAUGAAUGAUGUGGACAUCAGCUGGAUUCCACAGGAAACUCUCAACGUCAUGAAUAAAGCAUCUCCGAGAGCUUCACCAAGAAAACGCGCUAGGAGGACAGCCGGUGUUAUGGAUCAGUAACAACAUCACCACCACCACCACCACCAACAACAACAAACAUCAACACCCACAACGUCGUCACAUUUCAGCAGUUUUAUCUUCUGCAAGUUCAUUUCACUCUCACAGUUUCCAUGCAUGCACUGAGCGAAUGUUAAAACUCUUCCUCUAAAUAUUUCACAAAUUUCUGAAGAAGUGUCCGCGCAGCUCCACUGCAUUUCUGAUGAAUUUUUGAAACAGGAACGAGGAGAUGACGUCACCUUGAACUGCAGAACCACACAGAAAUGUGAGCUGAAGCACCGCACCAGUGUCGUGUCGUAGUAUUUAGUGUUGUAGUGUUCCAUUUAGGACACAGCCCAAGGAGAAGAUCAACAGUGUUGUUUUAAUCCCAAAAGUUUUACACCAAACACUGGAGGAGAAACACGUGACUGUGAUGUUCAGGUGUGUGGUUCAGAUUUAGGUUUCAUUAUGAACAAAUUUAACUGUUUAAAAAGCAGUGAAACACAUUAAACACUGUUUUACUACAAAUACCCAAAUGAAUGAAGUUGUUCAGAUUGUUAAUGUGUUUUAUUCCUUCAGUGUUUGGUUGUAAACAUAAGCAGCACUGCGGUGUGUGACAUGAAACGCUUGCAGCGCGAAACCGGUGGCUGUUAGCUUCCAUUAUGUGUUAGCUGCAUUAGCAACGUUCAUCCGCUGAGCACGGCUCUGACUUUACACUCUGGACCAAAAAGACAGAAUGAUUAAAAAAAGAAUGGACCAAAUUCAUAUUCAAAGACCAGAACACUGAAAAUUAAAUACAUUUCUCCAUUUA